CACAAAUUCCUAUAAUUACACGAGUAAUUUUUGCAUUUGCAUGAAAACUCGGCUAAUUGGGUUUUUAUAUAUCACUGCAUACAAUAAAAAUAUACAGGAGAAAUCUUAUCUAAUUGUUAACAGUAUUCCUUGAAUGAACGGUGCAUUUUAAGAUGUUUAAAUUAAAACAUCUUUCUGGUAUUUCUAAAACACUUAAAAAUGGUGUCAACUUUAGCACAACUAUUAAAAGAGAGGUUAAUCCAAAAACAGCUGUACUCAUGCUAAACAUGGGUGGACCUCAGACCACAGAUCAAGUACAUGAUUAUUUGUUACGCAUAAUGACUGAUAGGGAUAUGAUACAAUUGCCGGUUCAAAGUAAAUUAGGACCUUGGAUUGCUCAGAGACGUACUCCUGAAGUUCAAAAGAAGUAUCAAGAAAUUGGAGGAGGUUCUCCAAUUUUAAAAUGGACAGACCUACAAGGUGAACUAAUGUGUAAGGAAUUGGAUCGCUUAUCACCAGAAACAGCACCACAUAAACAUUAUGUCGGUUUUCGUUAUGUGAAUCCUUUAACAGAAGAUACUUUAGAGAAAAUUGAAAAAGAUAAACCCGAGAGAAUAGUAUUAUUUUCUCAAUAUCCUCAAUAUAGUUGCGCAACUUCUGGCUCAAGUUUUAAUUCAAUUUACCAACACUAUCGUAAGAGGUCUCUGCCAUCAAAUAUCAAAUGGAGUGUCAUUGAUCGCUGGGGUUCUCAUCCCCUGUUGAUUAAAACAUUUGCGGAUCGUAUUCGGGAAGAAUUGGACAAAUUCUGUGAAACUAAACGCAAUGAUGUGGUUAUUCUUUUUACCGCUCAUUCUCUACCUUUGAAGGCAGUGAAUCGUGGUGAUCCUUAUCCUUCAGAAAUAGGUGCAAGUGUACAUAUGGUCAUGAAGGAAUUGGGUAACACCAAUCCCUACAGUUUGGCGUGGCAAUCAAAAGUGGGGCCUCUGCCCUGGUUGGCACCAGCCACUGAUGACGCUAUUAAAGGCUAUGUAAAACAAGGCUUAAAGAAUUUCAUUUUGGUACCUAUUGCAUUUGUUAACGAACAUAUUGAAACUUUGCAUGAACUGGAUAUUGAGUAUUGUGAUGAAUUGGCAAAAGAGGUUGGUGUUGAGGAAAUGCGUAGAGCUGCUGCACCAAAUGACCACCCUUUGUUUAUUAAUGCUCUUAGCAGCAUUGUGGCGGAACACUUGACACAAGAUCAAACCGUUAAUCCAAAAUUUUUAAUGCGCUGUCCAAUGUGCGUCAAUCCAAGAUGUCGCGAUAGCAAAAAAUGGUAUAAGGAAAUUUGUUCACGUUAAACUGUACUUGUUUGGUUAAUUGGGUUCAUUAAAUAUUUUUUAUUUUGCUCUUUUGAAAUAAAUAUUGCACUAAUAACCACGCUCUUCAUUACUUUUAAAAAAUUUAUAUUAAAAAUAAAAUUUUAAGCGCUAAAAUGUUUGUAAUAUUGCCAGAUCUAAGAAUAAAUAAUUGACUGUGCUGCCAGAGUAAUCUAUUAUAAUUAAAUAAAGCUAAAAGAAUCAAAUCUUUUGUGAAAAUUUUAAAUAACUCAGUUUGAAUGGUUCCAUAAUGGUUUAAACAUCUUUGGACUUUAUUUGCAAAAUCAAUUAUUCGGAAAUUUCCUUAGAAGAUAAGUUUAUUUGUAAGGGAUUAAUAAUUUUUAUUUUUCUAAUAAUUUUUAAAAAUUUUGUAUUUUGAAUAAAAUUUUCCGACCUUUUUGGAGUUAUGUUCACUUUA